AUGGCCGCUGCCGCCCGGGAACAGCGCGCUGCCCUGCCCGGGGAGGAGGGGGCGGCGGGGGUUGUCGAAGGGGAAGAGGAGGGGGACGGCGAGGAGAAUAUCCUCUACGACUUGCUGGUGAACACCGAGUGGCCGCCGGAGACGGAGGUGCAGCCAAGAGGCAACAGAAGACAUGGUGCAUCAUUUAUCAUCACUAGAGCAAUUACAGGUCCUGCAUUGUUUUUGCUUCAGUACCUCUGGUACAGCCCUGCGAAGUUUUCUCUGCCCACUGGACUGGUUCGUCUGGUUAGUAAGCAGAUCAACUGGCACCUAGUACUUGCAAGCAAUGGUAAAUUGUUGGCAGUUGUUCAAGACCAGUGUGUAGAAAUCAGGUCUGCAAAAGAUGACUUCGGAUCCAUAGUUGGAAAGUGUCAAGUGCCAAAGGAUCCUAACCCUCAGUGGAGGCGAGUGGCAUGGAGUCAUGAUUGCACAUUACUUGCUUAUGCUGAAAGUGCUGGAACAGUGAGAGUGUUUGACUUAAUGGGUAGUGAGCUUUUGGUCAUUUCGCCUACAGCAACUUUUCCAGGAGAUCUGAGUUAUGCUAUUGCUGGAUUGAUCUUUCUAGAAUACAAAGCAAGUGCCCAAUGGUCAGCUGAACUGCUUGUCAUUAAUUAUCGUGGAGAACUGAGAAGUUAUCUUGUAAGUGUUGGAACAAAUCAAAGUUUUCAAGAAAGUCAUAGUUUCAGCUUUAGCAACCAUUAUGCCCAUGGGAUAACUACUGUCAUUUAUCAUCCUGGUCACAGACUUCUACUUGUAGGAGGUUGUGAAACAGAUGAAGACGGAGUAUCUAAAGCAGCUGGUUGUGGGAUAUCUGCUUGGAGAGUUCUGUCAGGCUCUCCCCAUUACAAACAGGUCACCAGUUAUGAAGAUGACAUUAGAACAGCACAAGGAAGAGGAUUAUUGAGGAUUAUGAAUUUAAGAUUUUACAGCAGGCGGGGAACAGAACAGGAUGGAGUUUUCAAGAUGAAUCUUUCUCCUGAUGGAGCUCUUCUGGCAGCUAUUCAUUUCUCAGGAAAACUGACAGUCUGGUCUAUUCCAUCUCUCAGACAGCAAGGAGAAUGGGAGCAAACUGAUCAGCCAGGUUAUGAUGAGAUCAACCCAGACUGGAGGCUUUCUAGCGAAAAAAGAAAGAAGAUAAAAGAUAAAGAAUCCUAUUACCCAUUGAUAGAUGUAAACUGGUGGGCAGAUAAUUCCGUCAUCCUGGCUCGCUGCUCUGGUGCCUUGACUGUGUCAUCAGUAAAGACAUUGAGAAACUUGCUGGGAAAGUCAUGUGAAUGGUUUGAGAGUUCUCCUCAGGUUACUUCAGCUCAUGAUGGAGGAUUCCUGAGUCUGGAGUGUGAGAUAAAACUUGUUCCGAAAAGAUUACGCUUGGAAAGCAGCAGGCCUGGUGAUGAAGAUGAGGGAGAAGAUGACUCUGACUCAGGUGAUGAAACUUCUGCUAAGGACAGAUACUUCAGCUACUUAAAGCAAGGCCUGUACUUUGUAACAGAAAUGGAACGAUUUGCUCCUCCACGGAAGCGUCCACGUACUAUUACAAAGAAUUACCGCCUUGUCAGUUUGAGAUCCACGACCCCAGAGGAACUGUACCAGAGAAAAAUUGAUAAUGAAGAAUAUGGGGAAGCUUUGUCUUUGGCUCAAGCAUAUGGCCUUGAUUCUGAUCUUGUGUAUCAAAGGCAGUGGAGGAAGUCAGCUGUUAAUGUUGCUUCAAUUCAAGACUACUUGAGCAAAAUUAAGAAGCGUGCAUGGGUUCUUCAUGAGUGCUUGGAAAGAGUUCCAGAGAACGUGGAUACUGCUAAGAAGCUGCUUCAGUAUGGCUUGAAAGGCACAGACUUGGAGGCUCUUGUGGCCAUAGGAAAAGGAGAAGAUGGUGGCAGAUUUAUCUUGCCAGGGGAGACGGACAUUGAUAUUCCCUAUGAAGACUUUUUGUCACCAGAUGAAGAAAUGGAUACUAGAAAGGAAAAAGAGGCCAGGAAACGUCAAGAACUACUAUUAUCAGUAAACUUCUCAAAGCUGACACUGGAACAAAAAGAACUCUGUCGUAGCAGGCUGAAACUGUUAACUUACCUCGAUCGCCUUGAAACCUAUGAGGAAAUCCUUGGGGGGCCUCAUGCAGCUGAACAGCACUAUGAUGGUGAAUUCUUCAAGACGUUCAGAAAUCAGAAUAUUGUACUUUCAGCAAGAACUUAUGCUCGGGAAAGCAAUGUCAGAGCCCUGGAAAUCUUGUUCACUUUCCAUGGACCAGCUUUACUUCCACACAGACAGGCAAUUCUCUCCAAUUUUCCAGAGACUACUUCACCACAUGAAUAUGCUUUCUUGUUGCCUGAAGCUUGUUACAAGCAGGGGACAUUGAAAAUUCUUCCCUGGAAGGAAAAGAAACAUCGUGAAGAAGACUGGUGUGAAAAAGCAGAAUGCAGGAAGAUUGUUGAACCAACUUUACAAGAUGAAGGCGAAUUUCUGUAUGAAACACAACCCGAGUUACUCAAAUACAGGACUACUGACCUUUCAGUAGAUCUCGUUACUGAUUGGUAUUUGAGCAGAGCACAGGAAAUUGAAAAAUAUGCGAUGCAGGUGGACUGUGCUCUGUCCCUUGUUCGUCUUGGUGUGGAGAGGAAUAUUCCAGGUCUGCAGAUUCUUUGUAACAAUCUCAUCACUCUUGAGACCAUAGUUUAUGAGACUGACGGUGAUCGAACCUUAACUUUGAAGGAACUUGUAGAGAUGAAAGACAUUGAAAAGCUGAGACUGUUGAUGAAGAAUUCUUCUGACGAAAAAUAUGUGAAGAAUGUUUAUCAAUGGAUGAUUCCUUUUCUCCACCGUUGUGAAAAUCAGUCCCCUGGUCUGGCAAACUCACUUUUUAAAGACUACUUAGUAACAUUAGCGAAGGAAGACCUGACUCUACCUCUGAAGAUAUUUCAGAAUUCAAAACCUGCUUGUCCGCAAAAAAUUAUUCCUGAUCAAGACCAGCUUAUGAUUGUGGCACUGGAAUGUAUUUACAGUUGCAAACGAGAUGAUCAGCUCUCUCUCUGUUACGAUAUUUUGGAAUGCCUUCCACAGAGAGGAUAUGGGCCUGAAACAGAUAGAACUAACUCUCUUCAUGAUGAAGUAGAUCAACUGGAACAAAUUCUUAGCGUGUCGGAGCUGUUGGAGAAACACGGACUUCAGAAACCUGUUUCCUUUGUGAAAGACACAAAAGAUAAUGUGGAGGAGGCACGGAAGCUGAUGAUUAGGCUGACAAGGCACACGGCUCGCAAGCAACCACCAAUGAGUGAGACACACUGGAAGGAAUUGCUCCAGGAUAUGUUAGACAUGCAGCAGAAAGUAUAUACGUGCUUGCAUUCAGAUACCUGCUAUGAGAUAUUCACAGAAAGUCUUCUAUGCUCAAGCAGUACAGACAAUAUUCACUUGGCUGGGCAAAUGAUGCAUUGCAGUAUUUCAUCAGUGCAUCUACCUAGUUCAUCGAAAGGGAAGCCACAGUACAGAGUCAGCUAUGAGAAGAGUAUCGAACUAGUUUUGGCUGCUGGCAGAGAAUACUUCAAUUCUUCAACGAGUCUGAUGGAUAGCUGUAUGGAUUUGGCCAGGUGUUGUCUACAACUUAUUGUAGACUGUCCGAGUGCUAUUCAGGAGGAGCUAGACCUCAUUCGUGCUCUUGGCUACCUUGAAGAAUUUGAUGUGAAAGUACUACCGUUACAAGUACGUUUGUGUUCAGAUCGACUUAGCCUCAUCAAGGACUGUCUUGCUCAAUUGUCAACGAACUAUAAGCAGUCUGCUAAGCUCCUGGGACUUGCAAAUUUGCUACGGGUUGCAGGAGAUGAUCAAAUGGAGAGGAAAGGUCAAGUUUUAAUACUUUUAGUAGAAAAAGCUCUCAGUUUCCAGGACUACAAAGCAGCUAGCAUGCAUUGCCAGGAGCUCAUGGCUGCAGGUUAUUCUAAAAGCUGGGAAGUAUGCAGUCAGCUUGGGCAGUCGGAAGGCUACCCUGAUUUGGGUAUGCGUCAGGAACUCAUGGCUUUUGCGCUGACACACUGUCCACCAAGUGCCAUAGAGGCGUUGCUGGGAGUGAGCAGUUCGUUGCAAAGUCAGAUUCUUUAUCAGGCUGUGAAUUACCAGUUUCUUCCUUCAGAAGGAGGUGAAAAUACAAAUACCUCAGGACCAUCUUCAUUGAUCAGUAAGAAUACAGAGGAUGAAACCAACGUCUCUUCUAGCCAGUCUGGUGAUUUGUUGUACUGGACGACAUCAAAAACCAUGAAGGUGUUGUCUAACACAACUAUGACUACCAAAGCCAUGCUGCAUGCUGUCAGUGAUGGACAGUGGUGGAAGAGGUCAUUAGCUUAUCUUCGACCAUUACAUGGCCAAGAUUUUGGUGGUGUAUUAAAAAGUGGUCCUGGAGAAAAUGCCACAGUGGAAAAGCAAGGCUGUCAUCCCUUUUAUGCAUCUCUAAUUGCUGAUCCAUAUGUUGCAGAAUUUGAAAACAGCUAUGGCACAUACCAGAACAAUUCUGUGGAAAGCUUUGCAGAAGUAUUACUGAGAACAGAGAAACUAACAGAAACGAAGAGUGAAGGAAAAGACCUACUUCCAACUACAGAAGUUCUGCUACAACUGGCAAGUGAUGCUUUACCAAAUGAUAUGGCCUUGUCUCUUGCCUAUCUACUUGCACUGCCGCAGGUGGUAGAUGCCAACAAAUGCUUUGAAAAGCAAUUACAUUCUGCGUUAUCUCUCCAGCUGGCAAGUUAUUACUAUAGCCUGCAGAUCUAUGCUCGUUUGGCACCGUGUUUCAAGGACAAAUGCCACCCUCUCUACAGGACUGAUCCAAAACACCUCAUUCAGAUGGUCACAAAGCACGUAACUCAGUAUGGCUCUGCAGACUGGCCUGAAGAAAUCGCAACUUUGAUAAAUCAGCUGCAUUACUACAACGAACGGCUACUGGAUUUCACUCAAGCUCAGAUUCUGCAAGGACUUGGCAAAGGGGUGGAUGUGCAGAGGUUUACAGCAGAUGGACAGUACAAAAGAGAAACAAUACUAGGAUUGGCGGAAACACUUGAAGAAAAUGUCUACAAGAUUGCUGUUUCUUUGGCUCAGCGAUACAGUGUUCCACUUUGGGAAGUUUAUAUGACCCAUCUGGAAUUUUUAUUCACCGACAGCGGGUUAUCAACAGUGGAAAUAGAAGAGCGAGCACAAAGUCUUGGUCUCUUUGAGACUUUGAGAACCAGUCCUGAAACAUUGUAUGAACGCAUGGUCAAAUAUGUUUACCCAACUAUUGAAGGUCGAGAUCACCAACGGUUGCUUUAUUAUUUUACACUCCUUGAAAAUUGUGGUUGCUCAGAAGUGGUGAAGCAUGCUGUUAAACCUGAAACUCACAUCCGACUCCUGAAAAAGUUCAAAGCAGUUGCACCAGGUCUUAAUUACAAAAAGCUAACAGAUGAGAAUGAAAACCCUCUGGAAACACUGGAGCCCGUCCUUACAAGUCAAAAUAUUUUAUCUAUUUCCAAACUGGCUCCAAAAAUUCCUAAAAAGGAUGGCAGCAUGCUGUCACCAAGCUCUAUUUAUGCUAUCUGGUUACAAAGACUUUUUUGGAAUGGUGAUCACCAUCUCAUUAAAAAAAUACCAGAAACCAUGGAUGAGUGGCUCCAUGCAUAUGAUAUGUGUUCAAAGUACUUGGAUAGACUUGAUCCAGAUGAUGUUGUCAGAUUUAUUGAUGAAAUUACCUUUUCUCCAAAAGCUGUCACAAAGCUGCCAGUUGAAGCCAGGAUAGAGGUGACCAAGAAGGCUAUUAAGGCAAUUAACCAUCUUUCUGAGAAAUCCAGGAAAAAAACGUCUGAGAAUGACAUGGGAGAUGCUGAAAGGUCAUCUGUUGCUUAUGAAGGAACGCUGAAUCACUUGCAGCAAUCUCUUGCUCAUCUGGAAACACUCACUCAUAGUUUUAUCACUUACUUGAAAAACAGCGAACAGGAUACACUCCGGAAGUAUGGCUAUUUGUAUGAUUUGUCACGGUCAGAGAAAGAAAAAAUCCAUGAUCAAGCAGUGGCUAUGUGUAUAGAUGGCCAGCCCCUGGACAUGAUACAGCAGUUGAUACAAGUGACAGUUGGAGAUCUAGGUCUUUCUCCCAAGGAUAUUGUCCAGUGUGCUAUUAAAAAAAUUGUAUGCGUAUUAAGCAGUGGAAAUGGCGGCUCAUCUACUUCAGUAAAUGAUCCACUUGGAAUCCUAGAAGGCAUUGUUUCUGCAGUGCAUGCUAGUGUUGAGAAGGGGGAGAAAAUAGUUUCUUCGGAUGACCUUCUGGAGUGGUUGAGACCUUUCUGUGGUGAUGACUCCUUAGCAGUGAAGCCUCGUAUCAGAGUACUGCAAAUUCUGGAACAAGCCUUCCAUCUCAGUGAUGAGGAUAGCAAGCUACUUGUGUACUUCAGGACGCAAGCUGUUCUCAGAGCUUGCUGGCCCGAAACAAAGGUAGAGAUGAUAGAUGUUGAAAAUGAGGAAAAAAGAUAUGCUCUCUUCCUGGGACUUCUGGAGUCUAGUCACAGUCCGUCUGAGUUUCAGCACUUGGUUUUACUCCUUCAAGCUUGGCCGCCAAUGUACAUGAGCGAUGGACCAUGCACAGGUGGUAACCCUUGGGUGAAGCUGGGGACUGUUAUGCUACAGAGAUGCACAUCUGAAGAAAAGGAGAACACAGGAAAUGAGAUCUUGAAAAUCUGCCGUUCUUUGUAUGAGACAAAGCACAUGCUCCCUGUCAAGUGUAUAAAAGAAUUAUGUUUGCUACUGCUUAACCAGUCCCUCCUGCUGCCGUCCCUGAAACUCCUGGUGGAAAGCAAAGAUGCGGAUCUUCAUGCUGUGGCACUGGAGCAGAUAACAGCUGUUGCAAAGGUUGAUGAUACCAGUUGUGAUCCUGAAGUACUUUCCUUGCUCCUCGAUGCCAAGUUAGUGGUGAAGUGCAUAUCGACUGCCUUUUAUCCUCGCCUAAUUGACCACUUACUGGCUAACCAGGCAGAAGGAGGCUGGGAUGUAGAGGAGAUAGCAAAGCAACUUAAAGAAGCAGGGUUCAAUGCAGAGGCCGGAUCCCUCUUGAUGGCUUACCGAGGGACUCAUCCUGCUCUCAGGACUUUUACUACUGCUCUCCAGGCUGUUCAACAUUGGAUCUAAAAAUGUUGGAUUUGUGCAUUUGUCUGCCUUUUUGCUGGAGAUCUCACACAAAAGGGAGAAACUGUUGUUCUUGGUGAAGUAACAAAGUUAGUUAUUACCUACAAUUUGUAGAAAAUACAAACAGCACACUUACCGUGGAUUCCCGUAUGCUUAUGAUUGUUUAAAAAAUUAUUGGUGUGGACUGUAUCAUUCUAUUAUAUGACUAGAAAAGCAUUUAAUGUAGUAAUCCUUUUCAGAUCAGAGAACAGUGUGAAAUGAUUACACUCUGUGACAUAAAUGAAACGUCUAUAAUCUGGGAGGUUAUAUACAAUUUGUCUUAAUUUCUGUAAGUAAUUUACUCUUGUCAUCAUGUAAAACUAAUGUAAAAAUAUAAUUGUAAAGAUCAUAUAUGGAGCAAAACAAAAAUGAGUAAUUUCUGAGAAUUUAAAAACUUUAAAAUUUGGUAUUGAGCAAUGUUGUUGCUGCAGCUUUUGUUUGCAAUAAGUAAAAUAUUUUGCAUUUAUUUUAGUCUCCUUUUUUUCCUCCUUUUAGAAAGAUAGGAAAAAUAUUUUCUUUCUUCAGCCACUUUUUUGAAAAUUUCUGUCUCUACUCAGUCCUAUCCAUAGGGGCAAACUGAACUUUUUUGACCUUGCACACAGUUCUAGUCUUUGAAAUUUUUUUCUCUGCAAUUUGGAAAGCCCCAUCUCACAUCUUAAACUUUUGUUGAUACCUUUUGUGAAUGAAGUUUCAAAGUGUUUUACUUACAUUUUUCCCGAGUUCUGGAAGAUUACAUAAAUGUGUUUAUUUCCAAAUGUCUUUCUGUCUUAAUAAGGCAAAGUAUUUGUGAUUGUUUUCUGAAGUUCUUUAACAAGGGGACUGUCACUUUAUUGCACCUCGUUACCAGAAAGUUUUGAUGGUUCUAUGCGUUUACAAGAGUUUGUUAAAAAUUCAUCUGUAAAUAUUUUGCCUAAUGUGGUUUUCAGAGGUAAUUUUUAUUAAAUACUGUGUAGGAACAAUACACAUGAUAGAAUCAUAAGAUAAUACAGGUUUGAAGCAAUCUGUAGAGGUAGUGUAGUCCAACUUCUUUCUGAAGACACCGUUCUUUUGAGCAGGUCACUCAAGGCUGUAUUCGGUUGAGUCUUCAAAACCUCCAAGGAUGUCUGUCCUCGUGCUUAGCUGUCCCCAUGUUGGAAAGCUCGUUACAUGUGUCCUUUUGUUUGAACUCAUCUCAUUGCAGCUUCUGCCCAUUGUCUCUUAUCCUCCCACCAUGCAUGCUGUGAAAAGACUGACUCCCUUGUCUCCAUAACCUUCUUGUAGGUAGUGGGUUCCCGAUAGCCUUCCCUCUUCGAAACAAACAAAACCCAAAAGAAGACAAAAAUAGUUCCGGUGCAGUGAUUGCGGCUCAUAGGUGAUUUAGCUGGCUGUACCUUGCCUGUGAUAGAGAUGCUGAUGGAUUCCAUUAACACUGGUAAUGUCUUUGGCAAGAGAGAGAUCUAGUUCAGAUGCAGCUGGUCUGUGCUUCGGUAAUAACACUCUUGUCUGAGUUUUCCUCUCUUUGGGAUAUCCAGCCUGUUCAUUAUGCAAUAUAUUAAUAGUAACAAGCUGCCUAUUAACAAGACUGUAGUUUCUAAAAUCCUCCUAUUUCCUAAAUGUCACUCUAAAUCAUGAAAAAGCAAGAGGAGCAAAUUAAAAGCUUGAAGGUAGCUUCAUUACAAAUUUGUACUACUGAGUUCUUUCCUAGAUUUCAUGAUUUAGAAAUAAUUGAUGACAUUUUUGGAACCAAAACUGACUCUUAUUGGCAUCGUCUUUGGCUUGGGAUCCGCUUUAUUUUGUUGGCUUUUACUGACUGAAAAUGGUUAGCUUUACUUCCCACCUUAUGUAGGAUUCUUAAGAUUUUUAACAAUACUGUAAAUCUUCAGACUGUUGACUUAUUUUUUGUAUUUGCUAGUCCCAGCUAUACUCCAGUGUUUUACAGGUUAUUUCAUCCGUGUAUCUGAUAUACAUAUCACAUUCAAAUUUAUAUCAUUCAGCUAUAUUGCCUUAACUCUCUUACGUCAACAGUCCCAAGAGCUGCAGACAAGUAAAGCAAAGUAUAUUAGAGUUGCAAAGAAAAGAAAAGAACUUAAAAUAGAUAUUGUAACUGGAAAUCAGUAGAUUCAGGCAAACCACAAGGCAUACCUUCAGCAAGAAAACCUUGGGUUAUUCUAUAGAAGGUAUUUCUGUUCUUUCUGAUGCAACGUUUUGGUCUGUCUGCAUGUUUUGUUCUCAGAUUAGUAAGUUCAGUGCUGUUUUGCUGUUUUUCCUUACUGUUCUUGUUCAGGAUCAUGAGAAGUUUGUGUUUAGUGUCACUUUAGAGCUGAGCUGUAGAUAAAGCUCUAAUGAGUGUUAUUGAUCAUCUGUCCAUUUUUUUGUUUUGCUGGCAUUACAAAUCCAUGAUAAAUGUUUCCCUUGUAGCCAAGUCUGCUCCUGGUUUAUUCUAUAUUGAAAACUUUCAUCUCUAAGAAACAGUAGUGUAUAUAUGUCCAAAAUGAUAAUCCCACAUUAGAGUGUGUUCCAAGUAAAAUAAGAUUUAAGGGGAAAAGAAGUGAAACAGUCAGCUGUCACAUGUUGAGGGACAAUGGAUGUGACGGACGUCGUGAGCGGGAAAGUUCAAAAAUAUGUACAAGAGACUUCAAAAUGCAAGUUUACCAGUCUGUGUAGCGCUUUAACAAUAGCAAUAACAGUAGCAAUAACACAAGGAUAACAAUACCUAGUUUGCUACAUACCAUUUCACUUUAAAUUCAAUAAUAUUGCAAAGAUAAUAAAUCUAGUCUAGCUUGUUGAGUUUUGGAUUAGAAAAAAUCCUUUAAAUCUCUCUUAGUGUACAAAUAAGUUGAUUUUAGUAAGAGUAACAGCUCAUGACUUAAUAACGUUCAGUAGCAGCUGAGGAGAAGAUACUGUUUGUGAAAAUACAUUAAAGAACCCUGUUUAUGACCCAACACCCAAAUGCGGAUAAGGACACGAUGAGCAAUGAUAUAUGUACAAUGACAAUCAGAAGUAAGUAAAG